UUGAAUUUAUUAGCACUGGUACAUAAGCAAUUAGCAUGGAAAAAAUUGAAGAAAAGGAUAAUAUAAUUUACAAAUUGAAGAAGUAUUUUGGUUACUCGAAAUUUAAAAAUCAGCUUCAAGAAGAUGUUGUAAGGACUUUCUCUGAAGGGACGCACGAUGUUUUUGUUUCAAUGCCAACUGGAUCUGGAAAAUCUUUGUGUUUUCAAUUGCCAGGAUUGUUACAGGACAAUAAAGUAACAAUUGUGAUUUCACCGUUAUUAGCUCUUAUCAAAGAUCAAGUGGAUCAUCUUGCUAAGCUAAAAAUUCGAGCAGAUACUUUGAACUCGAAAAUGAGCGUUAAAGAACGAGAAAAUGUUUUGAGAGAUUUAAAAAAUGUACGUACAGAAAUACGUUUCCUUUAUAUAACUCCAGAACAAGCUGCAACGAAAACAUUUCGUGGUGUAAUAUCAUCACUCUCAAAAUACGAUAAAAUUGCAGCUGUAGCGGUUGAUGAAGCACAUUGUAUUAGUCAAUGGGGUCACGACUUUCGUCCGGAUUAUUUAAAACUUGGAUUACUUAGGGCAGAAUUAUCUGAAAUUCCAUGGAUCGCUUUAACAGCUACAGCUUCAAAAAUGGUAACAGAUGAUAUUAUUUGCUCUUUACAAUUAAAGGAGCCUGUCGCAAUGUUCAGAAAACCAAGUUUCCGAAAGAAUUUAUUUUAUGACGUAGUUUUUAAAAAUUCAAUACCUGAUGAUUUUACCCACCUAAAAAACUUCAUAAAAUUUGCUCUUUACUCAAAUGAUUGUGAUUCUACAAAACAAAGUAAAUCAUCAGGGAUAAUUUAUUGCAGAACUAGAGAAGCUGUCGAAAAAAUGGCUUCUUGUUUAACAAAAAUUGGAAUAAAGACUUUGCCUUAUCACGCAGGUUUGAAAAAUCGUGAAAGAUUUCAAAUUCAGGAGGAUUGGGCCUCGGGAAAAUUCGAUGUUAUAGCAGCUACAGUCAGUUUUGGAAUGGGCGUUGACAAUGCAUCGGUACGUUUUGUAAUUCAUUGGGAUAUUCCACAAAAUGUCGCAAGUUAUUAUCAAGAGUCGGGAAGAGCUGGUCGUGAUGGUCUUUUGUCUUACUGCAGAAUUUAUUAUUGCCGGGAGGAUGUGAGGUCAAUAAAUUUUCUUUUGCAACAGCAAGUUGAAAAAUCUAAAGACGAUUCGGCAUUGCAGCAAGCUGAAUUGGCAUUUAAAGAGUUCCAAAAAAUGAUUAAAUAUUGUGAAAACGCAUUUUGCCGACACACAUUGUUUUCAGAAUAUUUUGGUGACCCGAAACCUGAAUGUGAAAAGCAGUGUGACUUUUGCAAAAAUCCGGCUAAGGUUGAAAAAGCAAUAGAAUUCUUUCAAAAGUUGACUGUAAGAAGCGAAUUCAAAACUGAUAUAUCUUUAGAAGAUUCUUCUGAUUUGUAUGAAGGUGGACGCGCUAAUAAUCAGUAUUACGAUGAAAUCAGUGAUGAUGACGAAACUGAACAUAAAUUGGAUGAGAAACAUAAAAUGGAAACAGAACUGUUCAUAAAAAAGCAGUUCGAACUUCGUAAACAGUUUAAAUCUGCGAAAGAGCUUGACAUGCAACCUUCGACUCAGAUAUCCAGAGUAAAAUUUCCGCAUUCUACAACAACAAAAGUGUCCGGUCUUACAAUUUCCUUACGGGAAUCAUAUUUAACGUCAUUAGCAGAUCUCAUAAGUGCAAAUAUCGAAAACUCUAUGGAAAACACUGAGAAAAUUGAAAAAUAUAAAUACGUUGAUUUUGAAGAUAUAGCGAAAGAAAUUGAAUAUGAGUGUUUUACAAAGAAUAAGGUUCUAAGUAUGUAUCGUAGAAGUAUAGCGCAACAGAUGAUGGAUAUAAAGAAACAUACUAGCCAAACAAAACUUAUUACUGCGGUAAAAGAAUUUAUACCUAAAGUGGUUAAUUCUCAUGGGGGCCAUAGUAAAUAUCAUAGUGAUAAAUUGGAGUUAUAUUUAAAUAGCAAAAGCGAACUCACGAAAUCAGAACCAAAACGAAAAUUCAAAAAAGAAAUAGGAAAUCAAACAAAAAUUGAUACAUUUUUUAUAAAAAAGAGGUGCUCUACAGAUGAAGAAUUUGAAGAUAUGUUAGAAUCUUCCAGAAAAAAAUUUUCGAAAUUCUCAAAUAUAAAUACUUUUGAUGUAGAUAGUAAUAACUAUAUGACAGAUUCUAGUAUUGAAGCAGAUUCCGAGGUGAGAAGAAGAAAAACAAAAAGAAAACAUAGAGAUGAAAAGCAUAAGAAACAUUCGAAACGGAAAUUUUCUAAAGAAUUCUGUGAUAGUGACUUCGAUUGUUGUACAAUUUCUAGAAAAGAAUUUAAAAGUAAAGUUUCAUACAUUGAUGAUGACGAAACCUCCAGUGAUGAAUUUCAAAAUAUUACAUUUAAAAAACAUAAGGCAGAAAUCGUGAAGGAUGGCAAAAAAGUUGAAUCAGAUGAUAUGAAGUAUUCAGAAAAUAUAAGUUUAAAUAAAACAUCUCCGGAUGAUGAAACUUAUAGUACAAAAUCUAGUGAUUUAGACGAAAAUGAAUCUAAAUCCGAUAUAAUACACAAAUCAGAUAAUUUAAGUUCAAGUCCAUCAAAUUCGGAAAUAUUAAAUGAUCUAGAAUUUUCAAAUUUAAGGCAAAACAAAUUUCAAAACCUUUUUGGUAGCGUGGAAAGUUUAAAUAAUAAAAAAGCUAAAAAAAAAUCAGCGUAUUCAGAUGGAAUUAGCGAAGAUACAUCAAAAGAGAAUAUAGGUAAUAGUACAUCGGUGGAAAAAAUGUUGGAUAAUAGCUCCAACAUUAAUGCUAAUACUGAAAAUCUUUCAAAAGCUUUAGAAAGAUUCCAAACCUUAAAUAGCAAGCAUUUUUGCAAUAAAACGGAUUCUAGAGAUAUGAGUUUUGAUAACCAAAUCAAUGAUGCGAAUAAUGUGUUAGAAAAUCUCCAUUCUGAGUUAUCGAGUUCAUCUCCACAAAAAUAUUCAGAUCUAAUUGAAAUUAGUGAGAGAAUCAAAUCAGAAGAAAAAUCCAAGAUAAUAAAAAAAAGUCAAUCUCAAAGUGGCUGCGAUACUUCUAAAAUGAAUAUAACCACAAAUCAUACGAGCCUAGUGUUGGGAUUGCCUCUGGAAGAAGCUAAGAGAUUUAAAGAAAACCUUUCAAAUAUUGUAAUACAGUGUUUGAUGCCGUACUAUAAACGAGAAAAAAUUGUUGGAAAAGACACAUUCAAGAAGGUAGCAAGAAAAAUCACACAUUUCUUCUAUAAUAAAACCUUUGACAAAAGAAUUAUUCAAGAAAAAAUUGCAGUUUGUAUGAAGCAAUGUUCAACCAUUAAAUCAGAUGUAGAUAUCGAUCACAUAAUAAUAAAAAUUUAAAAUGUAUUUAAUCUUUUUAUUUACAAUGUAUUUUAUUGCUUAAGGAAAUACAUUAUUAUUUAAAGUUCUAAA